AUGGCAGAUCGCCACCAUCCAGCGGCUUGGGCUGCUAUAAUAUGGCUUGGCUGUGCGUGUAUUGCCACCGUUAGUGGGCACGGAAUGGUGUUGGAUCCGAUCGCACGAGGAUCACGAUGGCGUUGCAAUUCGGUCGCACUACCCAACUACACGGACAACGAGCAGUUUUGCGGUGGAUUCCCGGUGCAGUGGGGUACGUACAACGGAAAGUGUGGUGUGUGCGGGGAUAACUAUGGCGAUGCUCAGCCCCGUCGGCACGAGCUCGGAGGCCAGUACGGUCAGGGAGAUAUUGUGAAGCAGUAUGUGCAGGGUAGCGUCAUUGAAGCGAGAGUCCGUAUCACGGCAAACCAUCGCGGACACUUUUACUUCGAUCUGUGCAAACUCGAUGGUGGUUCGGAGGAUGAGUCUUGCUUCAACCAGUUCCCAUUAUACUUAGUCGAUGGAAGCCGGAACUGGUUGCUACCUUCAACGGAACCAGGAGAGUAUAGUGUCAGUUUGAAGCUGCCUGAUUCGGUCACUUGUAGUCAUUGCAUUUUUCGCUGGACAUACGUUGCAGGAAACAACUGGGGAUACUGUGAAGACGGCAGUGGCAGGCUCGGUUGUGGACCUCAGGAAACAUUCAAAACCUGUUCCGAUAUACGGAUAGCCGCCCCGAAGGAUGUUAUUCCCAGCUUCACUUACUGCACGAAAGCUGUAUGA